AUGCCGCUGGCCCGACUGCACGCUAGAGUUCUCCUUUCGACCAACAGUCCCUCGAUUCGCUCGCUCCAUUCGCCAGCUGCAGUUAUGUCCUCCGCAGUGCAAGCGGCAUCCACCCCAAGCUACACCCCCAGAUAUAUCGACAUUGGCAUCAACCUAUCGGACCCCAUCUUCAGAGGCCGAUAUCAUGGCAUCCAGAAACACCCAGACGACCUCGCCGGCGUCCUUGUCCGAGCCCGCCAAGUCGGCUGCGCCAAGCUCAUCGUCACAGGCUCCGACCUGCAAAGCUCCCGCGACGCCCUCAAGCUGAGUGCCGAGUACCCCCGGACGUGCUACGCCACGGUGGGCAUCCACCCGUGCAGCAGCGCCGUCUUCGGCCGAGAGGACGACGUCGCCAAGCAGCGCGAGCACUCUACCCCCUGCGAGGCAGACGGCCAUGCCCCCAUGCCAGAGGACAUCCUCCCCGACCCAGCCAGGUCAGCCCGCGCCGUGUCCGAGCUGGGCAGCAUCGUCGCCCAGGCCAGGUCGGCAGACCGGCCCGGCGUGGUUGCCAUGGGCGAGUUUGGCCUCGACUACGACCGCUUGAACUACUGCAACAGGGUGAUUCAGAAGCACGCGUUUGCGGCGCAGCUCGAGCUGGCUGCUGGUCUGGAGCCCCAGCUGCCUCUGUUUCUGCAUUCGCGAGCCGCCCAUGCCGACUUUGUGGCCGCCCUCAAGAAUGCCUUCGGGGCCAGGCUGGAGAGGCUGCGCCGGGGCGGCGUGGUGCACAGCUUCACCGGCACGCUGGCCGAGGUGGACGAGCUCAUGGAUCUGGGCCUGUACAUUGGCAUCAACGGGUGCAGCUUCAAGACGGCCGACAACUGUCAGGUCGUCAGGGCAGUGCGCCUGGACCGCAUUAUGCUCGAGACGGACGGGCCCUGGUGCGAGGUUCGUCCCAGCCACGAGGGAUACAAGUACCUUGUCGCCGACAAGGAACGGGAAGACAAAGCAGUUCCGAAUGGCGCUGCAGAGGCGCCGGGAACGGCAACCCCCGAGGCCAAGCAGCCCAAAAAGCAAAAGAACCAAAAGAGAGAGGCCCUCGCGCCGGACCGGUUCAAGGUCGUCAAGAAGGAAAAGUGGGAGCAAGGAGCCAUGGUAAAAGGGCGCAACGAACCGUGCACCAUUGAGAGAGUGGCCAAGAUUGUAGCUGCUAUCAAGGGCGUGCCCGUGGAAGAAGUGUGUGAAGCGGCGUGGAGGAACACAGUCCAGGUAUUCGGUUUAGAAGAAUCGGCAUAA